CCGGUAUGUCACUAUUUACCUUUUUCUAACUGUGUGUUUUUACAGCAUGUCUGAAGAGAAUAACCUUACUACAACAAUCAAAGAGUUUAUUCUGGUGGGCUUUCCUGGACUGCAUCCUGAUUAUUAUGAACUAGUGGCAUUCAUACUCUGUCUUCUCUAUCUCAGCAUUAUAGCAGGAAACUCUACCUUUGUGGUCAUAUUUGCACUCAAGCCUGGUCUCCAUAAACCUAUGUUUAUUAUCAUGCUGAGUUUGACUCUGUCUGACAUUGGAUUCAGCACUGUUGCACUGCCAAAGAUAAUAGCGCGGUACUGGUUUGAUGAUACAGUCAUAUCUUUCCAUGCGUGCUUCAUGCAAAGGUUAUUUAUCCACAGCUUUGGCUCUCUUAACUCUUUCAUUAUGAUGAUCAUGGCUUUGGAUCGUUACUUAGCCAUAUGUUUUCCUCUCAGAUAUCCUGUGCUGAUGAAACAUUGCACUAUGAUCAUCCUCAACUGCUUUGCCUGGGUUUUCUCCUUGGUCCCGACAGGUAUCUCGUUUAUCUACACCUACAUGCUUCCAUAUUGUGGGCCCAAUCGAAUCUAUCAUUGUUAUUGUGAACAAAACUCCAUCCUCUCACUGGCAUGUGAUCGCGAAAGGGGGCCUGAAUUGAUUAGCUUCUGUUUAGCCAUGCUGGUGCUACUAAUACCCCUGGCUUUCAUAAUCUACUCCUACAUUCACAUAAUAGCCACUGUAGCAGGAAUAGCCAGUUCACAGGGCAGAUGGAAGGCUUUCUCCACCUGCAGCACCCAAAUGUUCAUCAUCACUAUUUACUAUCUGCCACGCUGCACUGUCUAUGUGUGCAAUUUGGUUGGGAUAUCGAUGGAUGCCGAUAUCCGUAUUGUGGUCGCUCUCUUCUACAGUUUGUUACCCCCACUUGUAAAUCCUCUCAUCUACUGCUUCAGAACAAAGGACAUCCACCAGACUCUGGUUCAAUGGGUCAGUGUAAAAUGGGUGGGGAAGUCCUCCAUUGCUUCCAUUUCUUCAUGAAAGGGUUUUUAAAGCUAAUUAGUUAAAACUUUUUGAAAAGUUCAUAAUACAGCUUCUCAUAGUGUUGCGAACAGUUCCAUGGAAUUGAAUGGGCUAUCCUAACGAUCAGAGGUCUGAUAUUACUUUAUAUUGACCGCUGCAAAAAAAUGAUGACCACCGCCAUUGGCGACGGGUUUUGUGCUUCUAAUUCACAUCUUUCACAUGAUUCCGUGAGUAGUCCGUUCACUUUUCGUAACGAAUAUUCAGUGUAACUUGAGGUCAGCAAGUUGAAUUCUAAUCUUUAAAAUUCUAUUUGUGUGAAGAACUAUGUCUUUUCUCAGCGGAAGACACAAAACAGCAACAAAAACACUUAAAAAGAGACAUUUUGGAGGAAUCUCUUUUAUUGUUUUGGCAAGUUACUCUAUAAUAAGUGGAAUGAUGUAUAG